GCCUCUAUUACAAUCACACGUAGUAUGUUCUCUACUUUUAACAAAUUAACGUUUAAGUCUCUAACGCCGAUUUCGACAAUAUCUGAUGAUACCGAUCGUUCAUUUUGGGGUGAAGAUGAAUUAAGUACUUCCGAAUCAACGCAACAAUUAAAUAAGAAACAGAAACGUCGCCACACUUUAUCUUAUCGCAAUCGUAUUGCAGUACACAGAAGUCGAUCUUCACUAUUUCAAUCAUCAAGUUCUAGUUUAAAUUCAGUAUCUGAACAAAUUUCAUCAGAAGUUCACAACAGAUUAGCAAGUCGAUUUAAAAUUAAGCAACUAAAACAAUGUGGUUUCAAAGUUGGUAAAAGAAGAAUAUGGACUAAAAAUGAAACAUCUUUUUCAACUAAUAUUAAAAGACACAUUUGAUAUGAGCUAUAAUUGGAAGUUUUAUGUUUGAUAAACUAUUGAUAAACACAUUUAUUUCCUAUUAGAAGUGAAAUAAGA